AUGAGCGUUUUAAAAUUGGCUUUGAUUUUCUUGACGCUUGUUCCAACGCUGGCUACGCGAAAAUGCUGGUCGGAUUCGAGCACAGAUGAGCAUCACACGAAUUCGAAAAAAGAAAUCACGUGCUCGUGUGGUGACUAUUGCUACAAGUGGAAGAGUCCGAUCGGUAUUUACACGUGGGGAUGCUCGUGUUCGGCUGCUGGCGAAAUGUGUCCGCGUAAGAGUCAAACGUGUAGUUGUGGAAAAGGUUGCGCGAAAUACUACAAUGUGGAUCAACAACAAUGGUAUUGGGGUUGCUCAUGUUUCUACGACUAUAAUCAACAAAAAGAUGUGGAAUAUUGUCCGAAUGGGAAUCCAAUUCGUGAUCAAAUGUACUGUUGUAGCAAGGAUUUGUGCAACUCGACAACACCGAAGCUCGGCUUUCUU